CCUACAACUACAAACGGAGGAGUCUACCCAUCCCUCUUCUCUUCCCUCUUCUGUUCCUUCUUCUCUUCACAUCCCCUAACAUCCUCUCCAUAAUCUGUCAAUACCCACAGUGUAACCCGCGAAUAGCUCGCAAAUAUGGCCGCAACGAACACUCCAUCAAACGGCGCAUCGACCGGCUCAGCGAGUGGCACAUCGAGUUCCGCUGCAAACGACGAUGCGCAAAGCCCUGAACGCGGCAAGGGGAAUCUUCUACAAUCCCAAGACCACCGCGGCCUUCUCGACGUCGUUGAUCGACUGCGAUCGCAAGGGCUCAGCCGAUAUGUCGAUCUGCCCCAGAUCAUCGUUUGCGGCGACCAGUCGUCGGGCAAGAGCUCUGCCCUCGAAGCCAUCUCGGGCAUGUCGUUCCCGGCAAAGGACAAUCUCUGCACCCGGUUCGCGACUGAGCUCAUCCUCCGACGGACCCCGACCACCGGCAUCGAUAUCAGCAUCCGUCCAGGAUCGGAACGGACCGAGGAAGAGAAGAAAACACUCACGGGAUGCAAGUACACUGGCACUCUUGAGGAGCUAGACCUUGGUCAAGUGGUUGAACAGGCCAAGAACCUCAUGGGCUUGAACGGGACCAACAAGGUCUUCAGUACCGACAUCCUUCGUGUCGAGGUAUCAGGCCCAUCGCAACCGCAUCUCACCAUGGUUGACCUUCCCGGUUUGUUCCUCGCCGGCAACAAGGAUCAGUCAGAGCAAGACGCAGCGCUCGUCAAGGCCCUUGUACUAUCGUACAUGAAGAAUCCACGUACCAUCAUCCUUGCCGUGGUUUCGGCAAAGAACGACUUCGCCCUUCAACAAGUCACACGGCACGCCAGGGCUCAGGAUCCUGAGGGACUCCGUACCCUCGGCCUGAUCACCAAACCGGACACCCUAGACCAAGGGUCCGAUAGCGAGCGUUUCUAUGUGGAGCUCGCCCAAAAUAAGGAUGUCCAGUUUCGCCUGGGCUGGCAUGCACUGCGCAACAGAAACUUUGCAGAACGCGAUGAAUCAACAAUUGCCCGCGAUGCCGCUGAAGCCGAGUUCUUCGCCAAGGGCGUGUGGAGGUGCUUGAAGCCGUCGCAACUUGGUGUUGCCGCUCUUCGUGUGCGCCUAAGCCACGUCUUGCGUGAUCAAAUCCUCUGGCAGCUCCCUAGCGUUCUCGAGGACGUCAGGGCAGGGAUUGCCGAAUGCAGGCACACAUUGGACAAGCUCGGGACUUCUCGUGGUACCAUUGCGGAGCAGCGCCGCUACCUCCUGAAAAUCAGCGCGAGAUUCUCUGAGCUAGUGAAAGAAGCCGUCGACGGUGUGUACACCGAUGCUUUUUUCAAGCCGUCCAAGGACAGGCGCCUCCGCGCCGCAAUCCAGAACACAUUGUCCGACUUUGCCCGAGACAUGCGUCUACAUGGCCACGCCACCACGAUAACUGACGGGCCCAUCGUGCGGCUCAAUGGCGAAGAUGACCGCAAACCUCGCGCGAUAUCUCGGGCCUCGUACAUAUUGCAAGUCAAGGCAUUGAUGAUGGAAAGCCGGGGCCGUGAGCUUCCUGGCACCUACAACCCGCUCAUCGUUGCCGAGCUUUUCAGCAACCAGUGCAAACCGUGGCAGGGCAUGGUGCGGACUCUUCUUGAACGCGCAUUCCAGUCGACCGUCAAGAUGAUUGAGUGCGCUCUUCAUCAUGUUGCCGAUGGGGAGACGACCGAGUGCCUCCUCCGUGCUAUCAUCAGCCCGGCGUUGGAAAGCAUCAAGAGGGGGUUGAAAAACAAGGCGGAUGAGAUUCUGGAGCCGCACCUCUCGGGCCAUCCUAUCACUUACAACCACUACCUCACCGACAACGUGCAGAAGGCGCAGGCUGAUCGCAGACGCCACCAGAUGGAGAACCGUCUCAAGGCCUUCUUUAGCUCUGAUCGGAUUCCCACUGGCGUUGCGAACCACAAGUUUGACAUGCAUUCUCUGCUGAACGACUUGGCCACCAACACGGAGCCCGACAUGGAUACGUACUCCUGCUCAAUGGCAGUGGAUACGAUGGAGGCAUACUACAAGGUUGCCCUCAAGUCUCUUGUCGAUUCAGUCAGCACACUGGCAGUCGAGCGGUGUUUGCUGCAGAAGCUCUCGGCCAUCCUCUCGCCAGAGAUUGUGUGCGAGCUCACCGAUGACGCCGUCCAGCGUAUCGCGGCCGAGAGCCCGGAGUCCGUGGCGGAGAGGGUGCAAGCUGCCGAGAAGCUCGCCGUGCUAGAGGACGCCAUGUUUGAGCUGAAGCGGCUGGGGAUGCAUGGUACGCAAGCGGCCAGUGAUGAUUUUGCUGCUUGAUGUGCCGACAUGAGUAGCGACAUGCAGUUUGUGGAAUCACUGAAGGAUGGAUGUUGGUAGAUCAGCUUGUGGUGAAUGUAGACUCACAAUUCAGUUGACAAGAUACAUCAUACAGAUACGAAUACCAUGAUGGCAUCAUAUGCUGAUCCCGGCCGAAACAAGAACGCGGCCCCCACGAUGGC